AACAUGAGCUGAUGCUUGAACGUGAAAUUGCUAUUCUUACAUCCUGCAUUCUAUUGCGAAACAAUUACAUACGAGUUACACUAAUUCGUGUAAAAGAGCACUACAUUAUUUCCUGUGAUGAUGAGUAGGGUAAACAUUAAGCUAUUAGCCUAGCCCACUUGUUUUCUAAGUUUGGACUUUGUUUUCCUGUCUAUGGUUUGGACAAGCCAGCAUCUUCUCUUAACUGCAGCAAAGCGCGGAAAGAACUUGUUGUACAGUAGGCUUACCCACGAAGUUCAUGGUGUCUAGCGUCGAGUCGGAACUGAGUGUCGAAGUGAGUGUGAAGUGUAGGCCUAGGCCCUACCCCUCCCUGGUCACCUUAACCAUAAUGAAAUUAUGAUUGCUUGUCUUCUCGUGACAUCCUCCUUAAUUAUCAGUACAGUCCAAGGAGUGGCAAAUGUAGCACAGCUUAAGGAUGCACAUGGUAACACAACAUCCAAGACAAUAGAUGUUUUCUGGACAGAUGCACCGUCUAUAAUCGGCAAGCUAGAAAGCGUCAUUUAUGAAAUUGAAGUCUACAACCCAGGACAGAAAGAGGCUGUGCAUAGAGCAUCUGUUGAGAAAAGGCCAAACCUGACAGUCACCCAUGACUGGCAUUGGACCUCCCCCCUGCCACUUGAAUGUCUUUCACAUUCAGUGAGGCUUCGUGUCAGACACAAAAAUAAUGUCAGUGACUGGACAGAUCGCAGAAAUGUCACAGGUUCUGGUUCAGAUCACUCUAAACUUGCACUUUACCCAGUGGAUGACGUAGGCUUAGCCGGCAGUAAAAAGAAAUUCUGCUGCGUCGUCCCAGAAGGAAAAACAGUCCCGAAUUUUACAUACAAUGACGUGCAGUCAAUGAACUACACCCAUGUGAGCCAGACCUACAUUUUUGAAGUGACACUGGAACAAUCUGAUACUGGGGGUGAACAUGUAUCUUGUAAAGAGAAAGAUGGAGCCAAUACAGCUAUGGUGUUUGUUGGCUAUUCUCCUGAAGUUCACAACUUUACGUGCGAGACAAGAAACCUCCGUCAUCUAGAGUGUUCUUGGACACAGGGUAGAGAUAAAAACCUAAGAGGAGUUCGGGGUACCAAAUAUACUCUUAAUGAAAGGUCAUGUGGAACAGAUAGUUCACUCCACAAGUGUUCCAUAGAAAUAUCUCCAAACCAGGGGGAAGUGGCAUGGACACUGACAGCAGAAAAUAAAAUCAAUAAAACAAGUUUUACUUAUACAGCUGACCCCAGACACAGAGUGUAUUUAGAGAGUCCUCAGCAUCUGCGGGCCUCAGGUAUAAACUCAAGGAAUGCCAGCCUGCAGUGGGAGCAGUGGCCUGAUGCCUACCUCGUGGCAUUACCAAUGCGAUGCCAGGCAAAGAAGAACAGUGAAAGAGAAGUGAGAGAAGACGACACUGGAGUGGGCCUGAUCUCUAUGACCCUACGUGAGCUUCACCCGUACACUACCUAUUCCGUCCAGGUGCGAUGCGCAUCCAACGAGCACUUCUGGAAGUGGGGGGACUGGAGUAAAGAAAUCAUAUUUGAAACCAAAGAGGACAUUCCUCAGGCUGUGGAUGUCUGGAUGACAGUCGACAGCAACAACAGGAGUCUUGUGGUGUGGAAGAAGCUAGUGCCUGAGAAGAGCCAUGGAAAGUUGGUGAAGUAUGAACUGUCGUGGAAUGGCUCAGUCCCUCUGAGGUUGGAGCCAACACAACACUGUUACAGCAUGAGCACUGACCGUGUGAAGAGGAUCACCAUCACAGCCAUGAACAGUGUUGGCUACUCACAGCCUUCAACCAUCAUCAGCCCAUCACAAGCACGAGAUGUGGAGACAACUCGUGUUAAUGGCGGUAAUGGUGGUGUGGAGUUGGCCUGGGCCCCGAAGCCUGGGGCCAGUUGUGGGUAUGUGGUGGACUGGUACCCUGUGGGCAGCCAGGACAAGUGUGACAUCCAGUGGAUAAAGAUACCAGCUGGCCGUACGAAUACUACAAUCAAUUCAGGGCUUAAAAAUGGAGUGAGAUACACAUUUUCUCUAUAUGCGUGCACAACACAUGCCCCAGAGUUGCUGAAGAGAUGGGAGGGUUAUAGACGAGAGCUGGCCCCUGACCAGAAACUCAAUUUCCAGGUUCAACAGGAGGGUAUGGAUGUAGUCCUCACCUGGGAUGAGAUACCCUUGGAGCAUCGGAGAGGGUUUAUUCAGAAUUAUACAAUCAACUAUUCUACCAGUUCCUAUAAUAACAUGGGGCAACAAAAGAUUUUUUUAGGAAGUAAGGAAAGGAUGAAAAUAUUUUCAAACCUCCGUGCUGAAACCUACAACUUCCAGAUGAGUGCUUUCACAUCUGCAGGCGAAGGUCCACCUCGGGUCAUUCUGUUCACUCUCAUGCCACAGACUCACCAGACCAUUAUACGCAGUAUCAUAUCACUGGGAUUUGUCUUCAUAAUUGCUAUAGUUUUCAGUAUUCUGUGCUACCGAAAGAGGACAUGGCUAAAAGAGAUGUUAUACCCAGACAUUCCAGGUCCUCAACUUGAUUACCCUACCUCAAAGGAAAUCCAUGACUUUCAGUUGCUUGCAAUCCCUGUCGAGAAUGUGGAUAAUUUCUUGACUUGUGAAUUGGAUGCUGAAGAUGGAGUAAUUUCAGCUCCAGCUACACCUGUGACAGACAGUGACUGUUUACCAAAUUACAUUUUUCCAGACCAUAAUAUUGGCUCCAGCAGCUUGAGCAGUCCUAAUUUGGUGCUGGACAACCCCACAUACAAUCUGUUAGUGGCUUUUCCUGUGUCGCCCUGUGCCACACCAGUAACAACAGUGGCUGCCACUGGAGGGUACAACCCCCAGGGGUCCCCAGCAUUUUGUCCUCUACCUCCAUGUUCAGAAUCUUACCAAGCCCUGGAAGAUGUCUGUUAGGCCAGUCAACCUUACCACACCCUGGAACAUAUCUGCCAGGCCAGCCAACCUGAGCGUAAUGAGAGAUCUGAUGGAGAGUGAUGACUGUGCUUUUGGCUCAGUUGGAAUCUCUACCCAUGUCAAUCUGUCACAUCCCUUAUUUGGAGAUCAGUGUAGGCACAUGGACGUCAUGCAUUGUCAACUGGCUCCCUGCUCAGUUUCUUACCAAGCUUGUGUGUAUGUGUAUUUUGAUUUUAUCAAAUGUGCUUUUUUCAAGGACUUAGGAUGACAAGGACAUCACUUUUUGAAGUACAAAGGAUUAUUGCCCUGUAUAAGUAAGAAUUACAUAGACUUACAUAGAUGCAGAACAAGAGUUGAACAUGAAAGUGUCCAGUCACAUUUCUACAUGUUAAAUUUACCAGUGAACAACUGUUUAAAGCAGUAGCAGAGUGAUGAUUACAUUCCUUGUAGUUGGAACUCCAAAGUUUGUCAGCUCUUCAGAACACUUGAAGAUCCAUGUCAUGGGUGGCAUGCUUGCAGUGUUUACAAGAAGAUGCAUGCAGUGCUUAUGUGGCAAAUAA